AUGGUCUCGCAUCCUAACUCAACUCAGGUCCCUCUUCGCCAGGAGCUGCCGAAUUCCUCCCACGGCAAUCGGCGUGGCACUCCUGUCCCGACUGGGCCUGGCGAGGACCAGCUCUUCGAUGUCCGAAAAGGUCUGUGUGACAUAUCGUACAUCACGCGCGACGUCUACAACGCCCUGGCCCGACACCAAUGCAACAAUAGCAGCACUCUCAAGGCGUACGAGCAAGCCUACCAGCAAGAACAUCAAAAGCUCAAAGAAGCCGUUGGCACGAACAAGUCUCUAGGAAAGAUGAACGAGAGGCUCAGACUAGAGGCCGACUACUACAAGACAGAUUCUGACACCAUGCGCAGCCGUCUUCAAGAGAGAGAUGCGACUGUCGCUAGUCUUACAUCCCGAGUUGAAAGGCUCGAUAAGGAGAAGCAGCAUAUGAAAGAGGUUCACGAAGAGGCCCUCCGCAAUGCGGCGGACCGAAUUGUCAGCCAAGAUCACAAGAUUGAUGAGCUGCUUGCUCACAUCGAGGAGAUGGUGCCGAUUGAAGGCCAGUCUCCGACCUCCCAAGUGGCUAGCCCUGGAAAGCGUCGAAGGGAGGGAGAGGACGAACAGGAAGCUCCACAGAAGGAAGAUGGAAAGAAGGAAGAAGGAGAGACUGAAAAGAAGUCUAGGAAGCGGAGACAGACAAGGGCCGUGGAUGAAGGCCAGGCGGAGUCUCCCUCUCUCGAGUGA